AGAGCUAAACAACACUGACUGGGCUCAUGUGAACUGCUAAUCUGUGUUAACAAAUACCACCCCCUUUUUAAUGUAAUCCAUGCCGAGUCAAAUUGUAAAUCAAUAAUAAAGCUGAUAAACAGCAUUAAUAAUGCGACGACUGGGCUCAGUGCAGCAGAAAAUCCCAUGCGCUUUUUUGACAGAGGUGAGAGACGAGCCGUCCAGAAAACUUGACUUUCAGCAGUUUCAGGUGGUCGCCACUGAGACCCUGAACCCAGCAGCUCUUGAGUUAGAUAUUCACUGCGCAACUGCGACGGAAAAGAUUGAUGGCACGUGCUGCUACGUCACCAAAUACAGAGGGGAACCGUAUCUCUGGGCCCGCUUAGAUCGGAAACCAACCAAGCAAGCAGACAAGAAAUUCAAAAAGUAUCAAUUUUCUCAGAAGACCUGUAAAGGCUUUGUGUGGAAUGUAGAGGAUGAUUUCAGAGAAGUGCCCGAGUCCUGGAUCCCUGCUCACAGAGUUCAGCAUGAGAAUGGUCAUCCGGUGCCCGAUGAACACGGACACAUUCCAGGCUGGGUUCCGGUUGAUGGUACCAACAAACAGUACUGCUGGCACGCCUCUGUGGUUAACUAUCCCGCUGGUGUGGCACUUGUCUUGAGGGUACAAGAGGAAGAUGAGUGAUUGCUUGAGAUUGUCAGCGUCCCUUUGGCAGACCUCAUGGAGCAAACCCUAGAGCUCAUCGGCACCAGUGUUAACGGAAAUCCAUAUGGUUUGGGAAGUAAGAAACAUCCGGUCCAUGUUCUGGUACCCCACGGGAUCCUUAAGAUCAUAAACCCUUCUCCAGUGGAAUUUCAGCAGCUGCAGUCUUGGUUUCAGAAAUGUCAAGAGGGGCGAGUGGAAGGAAUUGUGUGGCACUGCAAUGAUGGGACGCUUGUAAAGGUACAUCGGCAUCACCUUGGUUUGAAAUGGCCGGUUGACGACACCUUCCUUAACACCAGACCUGUGGUCAUCCAUGUAGACAUUACAGAGCCUGAUCUAGAUGUCUCGGGCAAGG